AGAAGCUGAUAACAUCUGAGAGGAAGGAAAUAGCUCUUCAUGCUGAGUUGUGAAUAUAACAUCACACACGCAUUUUUUUUUUUUAAACAGUCCAACCUCCUGAACCGUUUCCAGAGAUGGCUUAUCUUACUUGGCUUUUGGCUAUUCUUCAUGUGCACAAAGCGCUGUGUGAAGAGACAUUGUGGGACACAACUGUUCGUCUUUCUGAGACUAUGACUUUGGAAUGUGUAUAUCCAUUGACGGAUAACUUAACCCAGGUGGAGUGGACCAAGAACACUGGCACAAAGAAAGUGAACAUAGCUGUUUACCACCCUAACCAUAAUAUGCAUAUAGAUCCUAACUACCUCCAUAGAGUGCACUUUCUAAAUGCAACAGUGGGGUUCCGCAACAUGAGCCUUUCCUUUUACAAUGCCUCUGAAGCAGACAUCGGCAUCUACACCUGCUUGUUUCAUGCUUUCCCAAGUGGAUCUUGGGAAAAGAAGAUAAAAGUUGUCCAGUCAGAUAGUUUUGAGACAACAGCACCCUUGGAUAGCUACCUGUCUGCAGAACCUGGACAAAAUGUCACACUCAGUUGCCAGCUUGAAAGGCCUUGGCUAGUGCAACUAGUCAUAUGGGAAAAAGUCCAGCCCCAUCAGGUAGACAUCUUAGCUUCCUGUAACCUAUCUCAAGGGACAAGAUACACCUCAAAGUACCUAAGACAAACAUGGAGCGACUGUAGCCAGGAGAGCAUGAAGAGUGCUCUCAUUAUACCCUAUGCCACGGCUGCUGACUCAGGACUUUACAGAUGCCGCUCUGAGGCCAGUACGGGAACAAACAAAACCUGUGUCAUAAGGCUGAUCAUAACUGAUGGUGGAACCAAUAACCAUUUUAUCCUUUUCAUUGUCGGAGGGCUAGCCUCACUGCUACUUCUCAUCCUAAUUUCCAUCAUUAUCAUCUUAUACAACAGGAAGAGAAGGAGACAGGUGAGAACUCCGCUUAAAGAGCUCAGAGAUAAACAGAGUAAGGUAGCCACCAACUGCAGAAGUCCAACUUCUCCCAUUCAGACUACAGAUGAUGAAAAAGAGGACAUUUAUGUUAACUAUCCAACUUUCUCUCGGAGACCAAAACCAAGAUUCUAAGCCGCUCUUUUGCCUGAGCAC